CCAUAUAUAUAUAUAUAUAAUUUCCUUUCGUUUCCCAAACAGAUUUACAUUGAAGAAUAAGAAGAAGAUCAAGAAAGAAUCAUCAUCAUCAUCGUCUAGGAGACGAAGUCACAAAGCGGUGUAAAAGACAAAAGUACUCCAAAUGCAAGAAGAAAAUUCUGAACUUUCGGUCUGUCUCAGCUUCAGUAGCUACUCUUCUGAUGGACUCACAGACAUAGCUGCUCAAGUAACUCGCGAGUUUGGUGGUUUAGGGGACUGGCGACGACAAGUUGGUGAUGAUUUUCGGGGUGAAGAUUUCGGGGAGUUGGACAACGAGGACGAUUUCGAAUUCGUUUCGGUUUCUAAGGCCGACGAUGUGGUCGUCCUCGACGGCCAGUUCGGUCCGGUAUUCCCGAUAUUCAAUCGCGACCUUCCAGUACCGGAGAAAAUUCAACUGCAAACCAACUUCGCUCACGAUCCGAAGGAGGAAGAGGGUCACGACGCACUGUCUCUCCGGCUUCCGUUGAAGAAGCUGUUCGUCGAGGAAAGCGAUCCCAGCCCCAGAUUUUCGACAUCGUCGGAGGAAGAUGUGGAGGCUGAGCUUAAUGGGGUUCCUCCGGGAACUUACUGUAUUUGGACCCCGAAUAAUAAUAGCAACAACAAUUCUGCCAAAGCCUCACCCAGCAAUAUUAAAUGCAAGAAAAGCAGUUCCACAGGGACUGGAUCAUCUUCUGCAUCAAAACGCUGGAGGCUACUGAGCUUGCUUCGCAGGUGCAACAGCGAAGGCAAGGACACGUUGGUAUUCUUGACGCCGAAGAAGGAAGAGAUCAUCAAAGCCGAGAAGACGGAUUCGAAGGAAAAGAAGGUGAAGAAGGCGGCGAGGGAAACGAUGUCAUCGGCGCACGAGGUGUUUUACGUGAGGAACAGGGCGAUGAAAGAGGGGGACAAGAGGCGGACAUACCUGCCGUACAGGCAAGACUUGGUCGGGUUCUGGACUAGCGUGGGGACUUUGGGCAGGAGCUUGCCUCCUUUCUGAGGGUUUCCGGAUCGAUCCUCUGGAUCGAGUUUUGAUUGACCCGUGUUUUUUUUGUGGGAGGGUACAAUUAAUUUUAUAUUGAGAGAUCAGAGAUUCAGCAGGUAAUCUAUCUAUGAAAUGUGAUUACUUGCUUGCCAAAGAAAAAAAAAAAGAGAGCCAUGGAAUUAAUGGGCAUGAUCGAGUUUUUACAUGAUUUAUGUAAAUAAUUACUUCAUUUGUCAAUAAGUUUUCACGAUAUAUUUUCAUGUACAAUGUGAACUUUACGUACGUGCACGUGGAUU